AAUGGCUACUGUUCCUGAAGGUAGCGACUCUAAUUGGCCUCUGGUCGACCGCAGUCGCGACGUAUCCCAUCUUCAUCCCGAAGUCCACAAUCUUGUUGAUCUGUCAAACACCGUUGACACGACUGUUCACACUCGUGAGCUUCCAGGUUGGUCUGAUGAGUAUUAUCUGGACGAACUGGACUAAUGGUAGAAUAGCCGUUGUCCACGAACGCGUCACGCCGCAUGUGCAUAAUGUUCGAGAGGAGGUAGUGACUCGCGAGACUCAUACAUAUGACGUGAUCCAUCGGGUACAGCCAGUUGUGGAUGUAGAGGUACUACCCACGAAGCACUUCGUGCACAACCUUGAUGGAACAUUGAGAGAAAUUUCAGAGGCUGAAAUCCCUGGAAGAGUAGGCAAUUGGCAUGUAGCUGCGGGUCCAGCACCUGCGCCUGUUGAUCACAGUUCGACAGCAUCCAAGUCAGCAGUACCCUUACGAUCGUCGAGUCUCGCAGCCACGCAGUCUAUAGCUCCAGUCCAAGUGUCCUAUGUGGAAGAGACCUCAGCUGACGGCGUGCUGCGAUCGGUAACGACAUGGAAGCAUCCUCCACAGUAUGACCAGCGCGAUGCUGGGAGCUGGUCAAAAACUGCGUACGAACAGCCGGUGACUGCUACGACCAUUGCAGAUCAGCACACGGAAGCUGCUACAAAAGUAGUCCCGGUAAGAGCCCCGGAAACAGAGCCAGAAAGCGACUCCUCCGAGCAUGAUUACCAUGAUGCGCGGGAUCAGGUCGAAUCUCCAGUACGACACUCCGUCAAUUAUGACCGCUUGAGCAGCGAAUCCACUACCUCGAACCCUACCUUUCACGAUACGUCUCAUGGUUCGCAAAGCUCUGGUAUAUCAAAAGUCAUGGGCCGUGCGAAAGACGUAGGCAGGAAGGCCAAGGAUCGGCUCAGUGGUCGACUCGGCCAUUCUCGUGAGAGCAGCGGAGGCAUCGAUGCCAGGAUGAAGGAGCUCAACAUUCAAGAAUAUUCGGGCAAGCUGUCCAUCGAAAAGACUCCUCAUGGAACGCGUGUCACGUCACAGCCGCAGUCUGGGAGCCCUCAUGGAUAGUCUAUGUUAGCGACUGCCGGCAUGAAGUUCCCAUGGGAAUCGACCUUUGAUAUGUGUGGUUGAAGAUGGGACGCGUCAAGAGUAAUAUGCUGCAAGAUCGUGAAGCCAAGUCUGUGACGAAGCAGCUUGGCGGGCCUUUCUUGGGGAAGAAUAACAUCCGCACGGCUUACAGUAGGAGUACUUGAAGAAGUUCAAUAAUGAGACACAUAGAGCGAUCGAAGAAGUC